CCUCACAAGAUCAUCCGUCUUUUGAUCAGGUUAUAUGCUGGUUUACAUAGCAAUGAAACUGCUGAUAUUCAUCCUGUUAUGUGUGUUAUCAAGUGCAGACUCGCAUAACUACGAACGGUUAUUACAGGUUUUGACAAAUUUUGGAAUCCAGGAAAAGCCAUCGAUUGUUGGUCAUGGCUUGCAGGAAAGGGGUCAAUUAGACCCAACUUACCAUGCUUAUAUUUGUGAGAAUCAGUUUUUGACUAUUAGAUGCCCUAUUGGUUAUAUCAUUAGAAUUAUUGAAUCUAAUUUUGGACGACAGGGUUCCACACAUUGUCGAGGAAGACAUGCUGACCAACUGUGUUACACAGCGUGGACAAUACAGGAGCUAGGUACACACUGUUAUUGGAGACAAAAAUGUACUGUCUUUGCCUCAACAAAAAUAUUUGGAGAUCCAUGUACGGAUGUGGACAGGUAUCUGUCUCUAAGUUAUCAAUGUGAGAGCAUCUCAGGUCGUUAACCUGAAAAGUAAAAUGAAACGAGGAUCAGGACUAUACGGCAAAUUUGUAGACUCAUUUGUAUAAACUCAUAAAAGACAGCAGGCUUCUAAUUAAAAUUUCCCGUUUGAAUGGUUUUACACUAGUAUUUUUUGGGGCUCUUUAUAGCCUGAUAUUCGGUGUGAGCCAAGGCUCCGUGUUGAAGGUCGUAUUAAAACCUAUAUAUAUAAUGGUUUACUUUUAUACAUUGUUACUUGAAUGGAGAGUUGUUUCAUUGACAUCAUACCACUUCUUCCUAUAUCUAUAUUAGUUGGAAUGACACAUAUUGAGAUGAGCAAUUAUUGACAGAAAGCUGGUUUUCAUUUGUGUGCUUCACAGGAUGAUAAAAAAGAAACGGGUUUUUAUUUGUGUGUAGUUAUCUUUUUCAAGCAAAAAUCUGCUGUGACAAUAAGAAGACAGUAUUGGAUGUUUGUUGCUUGUUUAAUGUCAACUUGCUAAUAUUCCAUGCAUAUUCAGGAUGAUGAUGAAAAAGAUUAAUACCGUGUUUAAACCUGUGUGUUACGGUGUUGAAGACAACAUAUUAUGCUAUAAAGAAUGUAAAAAAAAACCUCGCAAAACAGAAUAUUGUCAAUUGCAUAGUUUCGACCAAGUAAAAUGCGAUAAUUCAUAGGAUAGUUGAGAAUAUUCUCAGAAACAGGAAUGGCUAAAACUUUAUAUCACUAAAGCCAGAUUUAUCUAGCAAAUUUGUACGGUGUAUCAUUUUUUUACAUAGUAUUUAGAAUAGACGGGUGAUGAAAAUAGGAUGGUAACACUAGGCACAAACUAUUUUGCAGUAUGCAUUAACAAAAUUAAAAAAUUUGUGAGGAUUCAUUUAAAUCAGUUUAAAGAUGCAGAUCUUCAUGGGUGCAAAUUUUGAAUACUGUUGAAUGAAUCUGUGUGAGCUACGUCUGACACAACUAGGUACACACACAACUUUCUUGGGGAGGGAUAAAUCCUACUUUGUAAAGAAUCACUCUGAUUAAAACCAAACAUUCACUGAAACUGGCAUUACCAAGAUGCUUGAUUUCUUAAUUGACAACAUAAUUGUUACGUUUGGAGGACGUGUUUUUCAACAGACUGUCAGAAUUAUCCAAUGGAAACCAAUUGUGCCCCUCUUCUUGCCGACUUGUUUCUUAUUAUUAUGAGGCUGACUUCAUACAGGAAGAAAGAUAAGACGCUAGCAAUAUCCUUUAACGUGACGUUCCGCUAUAUAUAUGAUGUUCUCUCACUUAAUAAAACAAAAUUUGGUGACCAUGUUGAACGAAUCUAUCCCAUCGAACUGGAGAUAAAGGAUACUACACAUAUAGCUAAGACUGCAACAUAUGUUGAUUUACAUAUAGAAAUUGACAAUGAGGGUCGGUUGAAAACAAAUCUUUACGACAAAAGAGAUGAUUUAAGCUUCCAAAUUGUGAACUUUCCAUUGCUAUGAAGCAACAUUUCGCACCUGCAUACGGAGUAUAUAUCUCCCAUUUUAUACGACAUUCCGGUGUUUGUAUUUCCUAUCAUGAUUUCCUUGAUAUAGGAUUGCUACUGACAAGGAAACUAUUAAACCAAGAGUUCCAAAUGGUGAAGUUGAAAUCUUCCCUUCGUAAAUUUUAUAUUGGUUCUCAUUUGUAUGCUUCUAAGAAUUUUCAUCGGAUUUUGUUAAUUGUCUUGACGUCUCUUCUGUUAUAUACAUGUGUUAUGGUAAAGAAAAUUAGUCACCGCCUUGAUUUAUUAGAUUUGAUUUGUUUCAACGUAAUUUGUACGAUGUAUAACGAUUGCAGUUUGAUUCAGAAUAUACCGGACAUAGCUAUAUAAUAUAGUUGUCUAAUUGCUACCUCAGUUUGAUAUUUUAAAAUAAGUAUUGCAAUUUUCGUUGUUAUUAAAGGUAAUAUCAGUAUUUAGUACAAAUAUAAUCUUAAAUCAAUCCUAA